CCACAUGGAGAAAUAGAGUUGGUGUUUUCUGACAUCAGUUAUACUAAGCGCCGCUGACAUUCUAAAUACAUUGAACAGUGCUUGUACUGUAAACUAGUGACUUGGAAAAAAAAAAGAAAUCGUGGUUGGCGCACGCUCAGGGAACGCCUGCCUAGCAGUCAGCUAAAAUCACAAGGAGCAAGUGCGCAGGGCGAACCAGAGCCCAGACCCCUGGUGUGCCUGUGGAGACAGGGUCGUGGGAGAAGGUCGAGAUGAACUCGAUAUUAUCGCGGGCGAACUCACUGUUCGCUUUCUCACUGAGCGUGAUGGCGGCGCUCACCUUGGGCUGCUUCAUCACCACAGCAUUCAAAGACAGGAGCGCCCCGGUGCGUUUGCACGUUUCGCGGAUCCUGCUGAAAAACGUAGAAGACUUCACUGGACCCAGAAAAAGAAGUGAUCUGGGAUUCAUUACAUUUCAUAUCACUGCGGAUCUGGAGAAUACUUUCGAUUGGAAUGUUAAGCAGCUGUUUGUUUAUUUAUCAGCGGAAUAUUCAACAAAAAAUAAUGCUGUGAAUCAAGUGGUCCUUUGGGACAAGAUUGUUCUGAGAGGUGAUAAUCCGAAGCUGCUAUUGAAAGACAUGAAGACAAAAUAUUUUUUCUUUGAUGAUGGAAAUGGUCUCAAGGGAAACAGGAAUGUCACUUUGACCUUAUCUUGGAACGUUGUACCAAAUGCUGGAAUUCUGCCUCUUGUGACAGGAACAGGACAUGUAUCUGUCCCAUUUCCAGAUGCAUAUGAAAUAACCAAGAGUUAUUAAAUUAUUCUGCAUUUGAAA